AAAAUUUUUUAAGCUGAAAAGUUUUUUAUUAAAUUUUUUUUCAAAAGAAAAAAAAAACAAAAAGUUUGUGCGUGCGUUAAAGUCAACAACGGUAAUUUUUUCAAUUACUCUUUUACUCGGACUUCAAUAGAAGCGCGACUUUAGCAAUAAUAAGCGAAGAUACGAAACGACGCCUGAAAGUAGACAUACCAAAGCUGCCAAAGAUGUUCUCCAUGUGUUCCAAAGUGAAGCCACGAAACUCAACAGUGAAUACACAACAACCAACGGGCACUGUUGGGAAACAAAUCAAAGGAGGAUACUUGUUGCGAUACAAAAAACAAUUGCUAUGGAAUCGUUGGGCCGAGGAAUGGGUGGUGUUAUACGACGACUCGACAAUGGCUUGGUUUACGGAACCGGGCAGAUCAUCGCCGGCUGGUAAAAUUCUAGUUAAAGAAGCACCCGAAAUGUUAGCCAUUGCACAUUGGACUGGGCAAAUACCACGACGUCCACCACUGCCCGAGGGUUGUAGUGUGUCACAGCUGAUAGCGUUGGGCUCGAGAAGAAAACGUUCCAAAGUCUAUUGGAUGUUGGCCAAAUCGGAGCAGGAAGUUAGUGAGUGGGUUGACGCCAUCACUAAGACGCUGCCUCCACCACCACAAAUCGAACUUGUUGUUGACAAGCCGCAUCUUAUGAAUGUCUUACGUCGACCUUUAGUUCGCAUUCGGCCGGCCACUACUUCGGAGGUUAAACAACGCAAGUCUUCGGCGCACAGAAGUAGCAGCACAUAUCCGACUUUAGCCCAUCAUCGUGCGUUCUAUGUACAGGAUCCGCUGGUAAAGAGUGACGCUGCCGUUGCUAUAUUGAGUAAAAAGCCCGAUUUGAAGCCAGCAUUGGCCUGUGCGCUACCUUGGGGACACGGUUGGGGCUGGGCCACUUUGCCGAAUGGUGUGUGGAGUGGCGGUCUCACUUGGUCGCAGUGUGAGGACACUUUUACCCUACACGCACUGCCCACCACGCACUGCACCAAUCUUGUGGACACGUCAUGCAGUGGCGCCGUCUAUCACACCGAUAUCGGCGGAUUCGAUUUUCAUUCGACCGGCGUAGAAGAUCUUGGCGGUGAAGACUUUGACUACGCAAUGGAUUGUGGAGAUUUCAUAUUUUAAGCCAUCAAAGCACGCAAAGGCGGUAAGCCCACACAAAGCAAUAACAGGUGCAGCAUAGAAAGAUCAGAAAAUUGAUAAAGUAUCAGUGAGAAAGAAACAUGAAAACAGAAAAACAGAAAAAGAAAAAAAAAAACAAAAACAAUUAACUGAAACAAUUAUAACCACCCCACCCUAGAAACGAGUGCACAGGCACUUGAACGCUUAUAAGUUAAUGAAUAAAAGUAAAAUUGAAAAAAAAAAA